CUUAGUGUAAACAGGACAAAUUGAUACUAAAUAGACAUAAGACGGAUAAGAUGGAUGUGCAAACAUUCAACAGAUGACACAAACAAGUCAAUAUACACAGUAUAUACUAUAUGAUACAAUAAUAGGCAAACUAAAUUAAUUUGACCAAUAGGCAAAUUAUAGAUUAAUAAAAUCUGCUUCAAUAUAUAUUUCAGUGAUAUGCAUGUGCAUACUUAAGGAUAGCAUUCCAGUUAAGGGGCAUCAUACUUCAUUCAGUAAAAAUGUUACAUUUAUAGUUAACUGAGAAUUAACAAACGGCGACUUUUCACUAGAUGGCACCACAUAGGGACUUUUUGAAAUAGGCUAUACUUUUUUAAAUCACAUUUUAAUUGCUUUUCAAACACGAGAUAUAUCAGCCAUUAAUUAGACCUAUUAACCAUAGCUAAUUAUGUUAUUAAAAUUAUUAAAAUUAUUUAAAUUCAAAUAUUUAUCCUUGUCAGGUAGAGUCCACGAGCGCCCCAAAACAAAGCAACAAAACCGGGCAAAAAAAAACGUAAAAGAAGGGGGCGUGGAGCGGCGCUGCAUAGAAUAAGCCGAGCCUUGCAUGUGUUGUAAACGUUAGUGAGUUUCUCUUGUGACCCCUCUAAAUUCAAACUAACACUAACCUAACAUGGAGGGGCGCACGGCUCCCCUUCUCCUCUGUCAGCGAACCACGCCUCACGCUGCCUUCUAACGUCGGCCAUAUUGACUAUUUUAGCUAAUCUCCUUGCGGUAGGUUGUGGAGCUUCUGUGAUCAUCACCGUUAGAACAGCGUGCCAUUGGAUAUACGGUGAUCGCCACUAGGAAAUAACAGUUCGCAUUCAUCCGGAGUGUGACUUACAUCUCGGGGGACAUUUGUAUUGUUUUAGAAAACGCAGUGCAUUCCUGAGGGGCCUACAGUCCUGUGAUAGAGGACAAGAUUUUCUUCUUUUCUUGAUUACGUGGGAAGGGAGGAGAGGAGACAAGAUGCCGAAACCAAUUAAUGUGCGUGUGACUACUAUGGAUGCGGAGCUGGAAUUUGCCAUCCAGCCCAACACCACUGGCAAACAGCUCUUUGAUCAGGUGGUAAAGACAGUAGGUCUGCGAGAGGUCUGGUUUUUCGGUCUGCAGUACGUGGACAGUAAAGGCUACACAACAUGGCUGAAGCUCAAUAAGAAGGUAACUCAGCAGGAUGUUAGAAAGGAAAACCCUCUGCAGUUCAAGUUCCGGGCAAAGUUUUUUCCAGAAGAUGUUUCUGAAGAGCUGAUCCAAGAGAUAACUCAACGUCUCUUCUUCUUACAGGUGAAGGAAGCCAUUUUGAAUGAUGAGAUUUACUGCCCUCCGGAGACAGCAGUUCUACUGGCCUCUUACUCUGUUCAGGCCAAGUACGCCGACUACAACAGAGACAUCCACAAGCCCGGUUACCUCACCAAUGACAGGCUGCUACCACAGAGAGUUUUGGAGCAACACAAACUGACUAAAGAACAGUGGGAGGACAGAAUACAGACAUGGCAUGAGGAGCACAGGGGUAUGCUAAGAGAGGAUUCUAUGAUGGAGUAUUUGAAGAUCGCUCAGGAUCUGGAGAUGUAUGGAGUGAAUUACUUUGAGAUCAAAAAUAAGAAGGGAACCGAGCUCUGGUUGGGAGUGGAUGCUCUUGGUCUUAACAUUUAUGAACAUGAAGACAAGCUCACACCAAAGAUUGGGUUCCCAUGGAGUGAGAUCCGAAACAUUUCUUUUAAUGAUAAGAAGUUUGUCAUCAAGCCCAUUGAUAAAAAAGCACCCGACUUUGUGUUCUACGCACCACGGCUGCGAAUCAACAAGCGCAUCCUGGCUCUGUGUAUGGGCAACCAUGAGCUGUACAUGAGGAGGAGGAAGCCUGACACCAUUGAGGUGCAGCAGAUGAAGGCUCAGGCCAGAGAAGAAAAACACCAGAAGCAGAUCGAGAGAGCUCAGCUUGAGAACGAGAAGAAGAAACGAGAGCAUGCAGAAAAGGAGAAGGAGAGAAUAGAGCGAGAAAAGGAUGAGUUAAUCGAGAGGCUGAGACAGAUUGAGGAACAGACGAUAAAAGCACAGAAAGAGCUGGAGGAGCAAACACGCAAAGCUCUAGAGCUUGAACAAGAGCGAAAAAGAGCAAAAGAAGAGGCCGAGAGGCUGGAGAAAGAGAAACAGGCAGCCGAGGAGGCCAAAGCGGCACUGGCUAAACAAGCAGCUGACCAGAUGAAGAACCAGGAGCAAUUGGCAGCUGAGUUGGGAGAAUUCACUGCCAAAAUCGCCCUGCUGGAGGAUGCCAAGAGGAAAAAGGAAGAGGAGGCAACAGAAUGGCAGCAUAAAGCGUUGUCUGCUCAGGAAGAUUUAGAAAAAACUAAAGAGGAGCUGAAGUGUGUGAUGUCAGCUACAGCCGGUGGUGCGUCCGAGAACGAACAUGACGAGCAUGACGAGAGCAGCGCAGAGGCCAGUGCUGAGCUCUCUAACGACGGAGUUGCUCACCAGAGAAGUGAGGAAGAACGGCUUACAGAGACCCAGAAGAACGAACGUGUCAAAAAACAACUACAGGCCUUGAGCUCAGAACUGGCCCAGGCCCGUGAUGAUUCCAAGAAGACCCAAAAUGAUGUUUUGCAUGCAGAGAAUGUGAAGGCCGGCCGGGAUAAAUACAAGACCCUACGCCAGAUCCGCCAGGGCAACACCAAGCAGCGUAUUGAUGAGUUCGAGUCCAUGUGAUGGCUGUACAUCCUCUUUGAUUGCCCCACUUUCCACCCCGUAGCCCUGAUGCCUUCAUGGCUGGCUUACAAGCACAGCUUUUACCUGCCCUUACUUCUCCUAUAGACCGAUGAUCCUUGACCUUUGACCCCCUUCAGAGAGCUUGAGGGACACGGUUGCCCCUCCCUCAAGCUUUGCCAAAGCUCUCUCCGCCUGUGAACAGCCCAUCCAGCUGUUUCCACGUAUUGAGCUCCUCACAGCCCUACUCCAGAAUCGUCCAGUUUAGGAGCAAGUGGUGCAUCACGCUGAACUCUUGAAUGAUGAUUUUGUUUUACUAAAUGCUUGGAAGUAUGUAUUUUAGAAGAGCCUGAAAUGAGUUUAAGCAAAAUUAGUUUUUAUGAAACUGCCAUUUGUUUGUUUUUUGCUUUGUUUGGGUUUUUUUUUUUUUUUUUUAAGGCUACAGCUAUAUGCUCACGAUGUGGAAAUCAGCAUUCAGGGUUUGGAAGAAAAGGGUCAUGUGAAAGUUGUGUGCAACUUAAGAAUCACAGUGCCACAUCCACAUACCCCGAAGAGCACAAAGAGCACCUCUCCACAUUAAAGUCCUGUCAUCAAAUCAAAUUCAGAGCCACCGAAGUCAAGUAAAGAAUGUAGAAAAAGAGGCACCUAUCUUUUGAAUGAAUGUGAACCAAAUCUAUGGCUAACCAAAGGGAGGCUAUCGCUCUCGCUAGCCACGUGCGUACGUCCGUAAUUACUGUGGAUUUAGACGGGACAAGACCUUCGUUGCUUUUUUAUUUCUUCAGUGCAAGACGUUGUUUGAUUCGGGAUGCAGCUGUGAGCGCUUGUGUUGGGUCCGUUGAUCUUGACGGUAGAAUUCUCCCAAACACCCAGUGUUUCUUGUCCAGUCUCCAUAUCGAUGGUUUUCCCUGCCUGCCGGCUCACAAAGGCCAGGGCCGACAGAUGGACAGACAGACAAACCGCCUGAUUAGCUUGUUUCCAUUUGAUAGCAAUAUUAUGGGGAAACUGCUUGAGGAAAUGAAUUUGCGGCAUCGAUGGAGAGUUGUGUGCAUGUGUGCGCUUUGUCUCUCUGUUCAUCUCUGCCACCCCCUCUUCCCUCUUCCCCUUUCAUUUUUGUGUGAAUGUAUUAGUACACCUGCACGCACAUGUGGUUGUUCUGCACUACCUGUGGCCUUUCUGGCUGGGGAGCAUAUGAAAACAUCAGUCCUGUUCUCAGGAUGAAUCGCUACCUCAUUACUAUCAAACAUGGUGACUGGUUAGUCAAACACUUGGUGUACGGCAGAGAGAGGCACAUGUUAUUUCGUUUUUAAGUUGGUCUCACCCCGAUCAUAAUCUUGCCGUUUGUGCUUGUUGUUUUUGAACAUCUAUUAAAAAUUGACUGUAGGUAGAUGUACUCUUACAAUGUUGCUUUGGCUGGUUAGGAUCGUAUGGAAUUGUUUUCUUUUGCAGCACUAAGAUAGAUAAGCGGCUGAUAAUUUAUCCUCAAGAAAAACUGCAGUUUAAUACCAAAGCUAUCUUGUCAGUAUUUUAUUCUUAUUUAGCAUGUGGAGUUAUGACAACAGUUAUGGCAGAUUGUGUGGUAUCUGGUCCUACUGCAGUGUGUUGACCCAUUUCUUGUUCUUGAUGAGCCUUCUCUCAAGAUCCUACCCACCCAGAACCUUCUCAGAAUUGCUAACGGGUCUCGGACCUAUGGACUUCUCCAGGCUUUUUUCACCAUGCAAUAUUUUCUCUGCUCAGCUGGUACGUGUGCUGUAGUGCAGUAGAAACCCAGUAACUCUCAGUAUUCAUGGCCUGUAUGUCUUAUUUCAGAGUUUGCAUGGUAAAAUAUCUUCAGCAUAUACAGAUAAUGUAGGCCAAUAAAAAAACUCCUUAUAUAUAUAUAUACACCUGGAUUUUAUUUUGCACUAAUGUGCAAAGAUGUCAUCUUUUAUUUAAAGACAGCUGGGGAAAUGUUUUAACGUUACCUUCAUACCAGAAUGUUCAGGAAAGUUCAAAAGCACUUGUUUUGUCCUGCUUUUUAUCUCAAGGCAGGUGUCCAUGAGCAGAUGUAUUUGCCAUAGCAAGAUAAAUGUGCUUCCAUUUUUUUUUUUUUUUUUUUUCUCCUUCUAAAGAUUUCUGAACCAAAACCAGCAGCAUUUGCAUUUACUGAAAGGGAGAGAAAAACACUCAAGGUCACAAUGUGUAUUUGUUUGCUUUUUAAUUUUAAUAUUUGUUUUUUGGAGGGGGGCGGGAUUACAGUUUAUUUUUCCUCCUCUUUUUUUUUGUUCUAAUAGCUUUCUGUUACAUAGAAAUAAAAUGUUGCCUGUGACAAAUAUUUGGUUGAAAAUAAAGAUUGAAUAUUUA